UCGUGGUACGACUCAAUAAUGGGUCAGCCGCCUCUUAUUUCUCAAAUAAUAUAACUCAAUGACGAAAUAGAUUGACUUUUUAUUUUUCAAUAGUAUGACCGAAAAGUGAUUCAGGUUUUUUAUCUACUGCUAAGAAAUAAUAGUCCAUUUAACUUAAUGUUAGGUAAUUGUGUACAGAAAAAUAAAAAUCCAUUUGCACUUGAAAUGCAUAAUUAACCUAAAAGAAUAAUUCCUAUGCUUUUUAAAACUGCACGUUAUAUAAAGUUAUCACAUUAUUAUACUAUUAACAAGUCAAUAAGUUUUUUAUGAAACACUGAAGAGAAAUGUAACGUUUCUUCGAUUAUUCGACAAAUUUAUCUAAUAUAGUAUAACAACCCUAUCAAAAUAUACAAAGUUUAUACACGUUUGUCAUGUAAAAAUAAUAAUUUCGGGUAAACACACAGUAUUCUUAAUCAAGAAACAAGUUUGCAAAACAGGUUGUGUUCUGCAAGUUCGACAAGUAAAACUAUCAACAAGAUGUUGAAGCAUAAUUUUGUAAGGACUUCGUGGUGUAAACUACGCAUACGAUAUACGCAUAAAAGUGCUUCUCUCCCAGAGACAAAAGGAAAAGAAUUGGAGAUUACUAAGAUUCGUAACAUUGGCAUAUUGGCACAUAUUGAUGCUGGAAAAACCACGACGACAGAAAGAAUGUUAUUCUAUUCAGGCUUGAUCAAAAGCAUGGGAGAGGUACACCAUGGUAACACAGUCACUGAUUAUAUGGAACAAGAACGUCAACGUGGGAUAACCAUCACCUCAGCUGCUGUUACAUUCAACUGGAAAGAUUAUCGCUUCAAUUUGAUAGAUACUCCGGGCCAUAUAGAUUUUACCAUGCAGGUGGAGCAAACUCUGCAAAUAUUGGAUGGUGCAAUUGUAGUUUUGGAUGGUACAGCUGGUGUAGAGGCGCAGACAUUGACAGUUUCCAGGCAGGCUGAUAGGUACAAUAUUCCAAGAAUAAUUUAUAUUAACAAAAUGGACAGACCAGAUGCUGAUUUUAACAUGUGUUUACGUUCCAUCGAAUCCAAGUUGAAUGUAGAGACAUUACCCACCCAAAUUCCUGUGCAGAAGGCAGGAGUCUUAGAGGCUAUUGUGGAUGUGAUAAAUAUGGAGAAGUUAAUUUUUGACAACAAAUAUAUGGGUAUGAAUUUAACAAGAAGGAAAAUGACUGAAAAUGAUGAUGGCAGACUCUGGGAGGUUGCUAGUGAGAAACGACAAGCGUUGACCGAUAAACUGUCGGGUUUGGACGAUAAGUUGGCCGACAUCGUUAUCGAACAAGAGUCUUUAGAGAACGUGCCAGCGCAGGCAUUAGUGGAGUCCUUGCGUAACGUUGCUGUGAACAGGAAAGGCGUACCUGUGAUGUUAGGCAGCUCCUACAAGAACAUGGGAGUGCAGCCUCUGAUGGACAGCGUCGUCCUUUACUUACCGUCUCCGAAGAACGUGAAUAAGUCGAAGUCGUAUCGGCACUUCGGGGAUACCCUGGCGGCACGUGUCUUUAAGAUUGUUCAUGACAAGCACAAAGGCCCGGUUACCUUCUUCAGGAUCUACUCCGGCAAUAUGAAGAAGGGCCAAAAACUGUAUAACGUGACGCGCGAGCAGAGUGAACAAUGUGUUCAUUUGUACAUCGCCUGCGCCGACGACUACGAGGAGGUGGCAGAGGUGACCUACGGUAAUAUCGCGGCAGUGGCUGGACUGAAAAACACCGUCACCGGCGACCUGGUGACGACGAGCGCGAGCGCAGCCAGCCACGCUAAGCAGGCCAUGUUGAAGGAAAAUCCCAACCAUACAGAGUACGUGGACAAUUUCUUCGCGUCCGGCGUGAAGUUGCUGGACCCAGUGUUCUUCUGCUCCAUAGAACCGCCUUCUCUGUUGGCGCAGUCGCCCCUCGAAGUCGCUCUUCAGGAAUUGCAGAGGGAGGAUCCCAGUUUACGGGUGAAGAAUGAUCCAGACACGGAGCAGAUCGUCCUUGAAGGCAUGGGCGAGUUACAUAUCGAGAUCAUCAAGGAAAGGAUCAAGAGGGAGUACAAGAUCGACGUAGACUUGGGUCCUCUGCAGAUAGCUUACAAGGAGACGAUCCGGGAUGCUGUGAAAGACACGUUGGUCACCGAACACAAAGUGGGUAAUACAAGUCAUCGGGUCACUAUAACGAUGUCUUUGAUACCCAAUCACAAGGGUCAAGAGAAGCUGCUUUUGGACAAGUCUUGUUCGGACAACGCGUCCAACAUUGACAAAAUUCAUCCACGAAUGAUGAACGCAAUUAAGAAGGGCGUGACCGCUGCAUUAUUGUACGGCGUGAAGCUGAGUUGCCCGGUGAUCAAUGUCGGCGUCAAGCUGCAUUGGCUGGAGUUAGGACGCGGUACUUCGGACACCAUGGUCUCCGCCGCUACCUCGCAAUGUAUUCGGAAGUUGCUGAGAGACGGAUAUACUAUGUUAUUGGAGCCUAUCAUGCGACUGGAGAUUGUCGUGCCGCAGGAAUAUUCUCCGAGCAUCAUCGCGGAUCUAACUCGCAGGCGAGCCGAGAUGCAACAGGUCGAUAUGCGUGGCAACAACAAGGCGAGUAAAUCCGCUUUAUACGUUAGUGUUAGUAAGAAAUUCCAACUGUACGACUCACAGCUUAUGUUAGAUUCGUGUCUUAUGUUACAGGUAAUCGAUGCUCACGCACCGUUAUCAGAAUUAUUGGGAUACUCGACGGCAUUGAGGAUUAUGUCGUCGGGCAACGCGACGUUCUCACUGGAGUUCAGUCAUUAUCAACUGAUGACUGAAGCCGAUGAGGACGAGGCGAUUAGAAAAUCUAAAGGGUUCUAAUAAUGUUACCAUAUUCUAAUAAUGUGAGAACGAAUAAAGAUACGGAGAAUAUAUAA